AUGGGCAGCGGUCGGAGGAGCAGCUUUUGGAGACCACCGCCUCGCGAAACGCAGGCGGAGAAGCCAGAGUCGACUGAACAAAGCCUUUGUGAAGAUGCAGAUGAAGGACCAGAGCUCUACUCGAACGAUGGUACUGUCGUCCAAUCACUAAGUGCUAAAUCGAGCGUUCGACCAAGCAACCACACUUCAACAUCCCCCGAUCUCGAACGAACGCCAGACUCCCCAGAAGUUCGUUCGAGUCCAGAAAAGCUUCGUUACGACUUCCAAAUGUACAAGACGCAAUUGGAAGAUGCGCAGGACCUCCUUUGGAACCGUGAGGAGCACUUUGAUCGAGAGCGUCAAGCUAGGGAUGAACGACUUCGAGCAGGCCAAAAGGUAAAAACAGUGGCGGAAAUCGAUAUAGACGAGCUCCAGGAGACGCAACGUCUUACACGCUGGCUCAUACAAGCGGAAGAGGAGUAUUACAACGCAAAAUCAGCGCUUCUGGAGGCUGGUGUUCAGCCUACCGGAUCAGACGUAGAAUCCGAUUUCGUAGAUGACGCCGACGAUAGUUAUCGUAGGAGCAUGGAGAAGGAUUUCAUCGUAACUGGGCAUUGCUAA